AUGCCGACGGGCAGCGUGCUGGGAAGGUGGGACCCGCUCCAGGGACGAAACAGACAGGAUUUCAUCUCGGAGUUCAUCAAUUACCACCUUCAGGACAAGGUGCGGGCGCAUCUUCUCGACAUCAGUGACGAGGAGCUUGGGGCAUUAGGCGCCCACCACUUCGGAGAUCAGGCAGAGCAGCUUGAAGCCCUCCGUGUGCAGUGGCAGCAAAAAGCUUGCGGCUACCAGGCCGCUUCGCUCCCGAAGGCGCAGGAGUCGACAUCCGCCCUCCCGCUCCCGAACAUGCACUUCAAUGAUGAUGCGGCAAGACAGGACUUCCUGCAGAAGCACAUACACCGGAAACUACACCGGGAGGCGACGAAGCUGAGUGAUGAGGCUCUGCAAAUGCUGGGUUCGCUGCACUUCAGUGAUCAGCCUACUCAACUGGGGCGCCUCCGCCCUGCGGCACCUUCCGGGGCGUCCGGUCGGGAGGGCAACGAGGCUGCGGUACUCCGCCGCCUGUUUCGAAAUAGUCCUGGACCACCGGGUGGCAAGGGCAACCAGGAAGGUCGAUGCUCCACUGAAACCUGGUCGUCCCCCCCGGAGGCUGCGAAUGUGGAGUGGACGCCGGAGGAUGGCGUAGACACGCCGGAGCCGCCGAAGAUGCCCUCUACAGGCGAGCAGGUCCCAAGAGCCGGCGGGAUUCCAGGUCUCUCGGAGUGGCUUCAAGAACUUUGCCUCGAAGAGUACGAGGAGGAGGUGCUUCGAUGGUGCAGGAGCAUGGGUGCAAUUUGGCUUGAGGAGGUGCAGGAAAAUGCGGAGGACUUGGCGGACCACCUCCGUCUACGCCCCCUGGAACGGCGCCGGUUGCAGCGAGCCGUUGCAACGUUAGCGACGUGA